AUGUCCCCCAUGAACCCACCAUCUACACGGAUUCGUAAACGGCCGGCUCCUCAGCGACCGCUGCCAGAUCCACAACAAACCCCUUCCGUGUUACAGAGACGGAGCACCAGGAUACAGUCAAGGACGCGCCAUGUCUCAGUAACUUAUAUUCCAGGAUCUUACCACGCAUCUCAAAGCCCCCGCGAGCAACGACCAACAGCGGCUCAGACUUCACAGCCUCUUGGAGAGACCUCAUAUACAGCUGUCGAAGCAUCGGCGCGGGCACCUUCAAGCGCACAUGCUCAAGAACAUCUUUCUUCACCAGAGAAACAGAUUUACCAAACUCGGAAGCGAGGACUUGACACAUCCUUCGAGACCAGUGGCGAAAGACCCCUCAAAUGCGCUCGUUUGACCCGGAGGAACUUGAAAGAAUUGGAAAAUAUGGGAGGACAGCGAAGGCAGUCCGCUGGGAAAGGGUCUACUGGACGCUCAUCUUCCACAACCACUACUACUAACAAGGAUCUGGGUCUACACCGCCAUCAACCAAAAUCAAAGUCCUCAUACUCCGGGACAAAGUCAACCCAGUCAAAACAAAGCACUUCCACGACGGACUCGGGUUUUCCGGAUAUCGCUUUUCAAAAUGGGAUUUUGAAUCCAAACUGCUCCAAGCCUCCUGCAAAUCUCGAAUCACGUCAAGACCGAAUCGACAGAAGCCGAGAGACAGCCUCACCAAGCGAGUCAGAUUAUCAGUACUUUGCCUCCGCUAUCCGAAGAGCACCAAAUGAAGCGUCGGUACUGUAUGAAACAUCCAUGCUGCUGCAGCGUUAUAACGAGUCCGGAUAUCACAAGUCGUACAACCAAGCCUUCAACAACUUCCCAAAGAAUAUCGGAUUUAAUGACGACCUUUCAGCUGCACAGCCAGAUAUGGUCGAGGGUCUUGAUCUAACACAGUUUGACCCGUUCCCCGCCCGCGAGCAGCUUGGUGGAGCGGCUACAGUGUAUUCCGGCCCGGAAGCUACUACUUUGCCACAUCUAGCUGGAGAGUGGAAAGGUCCAGGAAAAGACAUGAUACUCGCACAGACUCAAGCAGCAUACGACGGUGCUUGUAUGGUUUACGGCAGAAAUGAAGCACGUUCAUACCUCGAGAGCCCUGAUCCUCCAGGUUAUGCCUUUGUUUCGACUUUCACUACCGACGGCACUACCGUUAACACCUUUGCGCACUAUUCAUCUGAGACCCAAGGCCAAGUCAAAUAUCACCAAUAUCCUGAAUCAAGCUCUUUGCUCAUAUCAAGCUAUCAAGAUUUUAAGAAAAGCAGACGAAGACUGAGGAAUCUACAGGACGAUGCCAAAGAAACCUCGGAGAAGUUAAGGGACGAGUUGAACGAGAAGUGGUUAGCAAAUCAUCGAUCCUCUGUCGGUCUAAGUAUACCAGCCGAAACUGCGAACGCUACAGAUUGUGAUAGCCACGACUAUGACGACGAUGAGGAUCCCAACAAUCAAUUACUAGCAGAAUACUGGACGAGUUUCCCGACAAACAAUGAGCCUGACUCCUCUGCGCAAGUUCCUGCUGUAGACAGUGUCUACGCUCCACCGUAUGCAAAUCUCCCGGCGAACGAUGAGGAUGAUCACUUCAUACAGAGUUCCCAUACGAACAACAGAUACAUUUCGCCCGAUGGCCCAACAUUCCCUCCAAUCACUCCGCCACAAUCGACAAAAGACGCAUCGCUUCCACUUGAGCCGAGUGGAGAUGUCGAACAGGCUAAAGGACGUGGUAAUAAGAGGACUCGCCGGACCCGGAGGCAAGCUAUUAUUGUCGACUCGCGAAAGCCUCGCAGAAAACAUGAGGGUUAA